AUGUCCAUUCUGGACCUGAGUAAGACGCUCAUGUACGAUUUCCACUACAACUUCGUCAAGCCCAAGUACGGUGAGGAUGCAAAGCUCUUAUUCACUGAUACUGACAGCCUGAUGUAUGAGAUCGAGACGAAAGACUUUUACGAGGACAUCAGCGGGGAUGUGAGGUCCAUGUUCGACACCAGCAACUUUCCGAAGGGUCACCCAUCUGGUAUUGAGGUGGGUGUGAACAAGAAAGUCAUCGGAAUGUUUAAAGAUGAGGCUGGGGGCCAGCAAAUCACAGAAUUUGUAGGACUGAGGGCCAAACUUUACUCGUACAAGAUGGAUGAAGGUAAAGAAGAAAAGAAAUGCAAGGGCGUCAAGAGAGCAGUCGUCAAGAAGAGCAUCGGUUUCGAUGACUACAAGGAUUGCUUAUUUGGUAAGAAACCUCAGAUGAGACUUAUGAAUGUCAUCAGAAGUCAUAAGCAUGAUGUUUACACUGAAACGGUGAACAAGGUCGCUCUAUCUCAUGAGGAUGAUAAACGGGUCAUCUGUGAUGAUGGUAUUCACACCUUCGCUUACGGUCAUUUCAGAACGCUAUUAGGUGGUGGCUCAGUAUCUUCAGGGACGACUUGAAGUUCUUCCCUAACGAACGACCUCCUUGGAGCGCCUUCGGAGAGGUAGUACAACACAGGCUGUCCAACUGAAACAACACUGCGUGAUAGAUCAAACACUUUUAAACUCCAAAUAGGAUCUGUGGCUCGUCUGCGUUCACCUCCUUCCUCUUCUCCAGGAGCUAAUAGAUAUCUAACUCUAACCCCUGGUGGUAGUCUAACUUCAUCAAGUCCAA